GAGCGCGUUUCAUUUUUCUCUUCUCUGUUGCCACAAGUCUUUCUGAUUUCUUACAUCGAUUCAACACCUGCAAUUCGCUCCUUGAAUCCGUAAAAUAAUCUUCACAAUGUCUAACUCAUCUUUGAUUCCCCUUGGCACCUAUCUGCUGAAGGUGCACCCCGGCGUGCCGGUCUCCAUCAGCGACGAGGAUUACCCCGUCACCGUCCGCAUCACCAUGGCCGCGAUUGAUCCCGAGUCUGUGGAUGGCGAGAGCACUCCUAGCACUCUCAGAAUCCUGAAGCGACCCGAUCCCUUGGCUUUGGGCGGAUACCUUGACUCUGAUGACGAGGAGGACGAUUCUGAGGACGACGAGGAGGAGUCCGAGGAGGAGGAGGAGGAGGAGGAGGAAGCUCCCAAGAAGGGCAAGAAGGCCAACGGCAGCAAGAAGGCUGAUGAGGACGUCGAGAUGGACGACGAGGACGACGAGGAGGACUCGGAAGACGACGACGACGAAGACGAUUUCGAAAUCGACCCCGUUCCUGUCUGCACUCUCUCCCCCAAGACUGCCUACCAGCAGCCCCUGGAUCUCGUCAUCAGUGCCAACGAGGAGGUUCUGUUCGAGGUCACUGGUUCGUACACCGUCAGCUUGGUCGGAAACUACGUCAGCCACCCGUUCAACGACGAGGACGACUACGACAGCGAGGACGAUGAUGACUCUGAUGAGGACUACGAUCUCAGCCCUGAUGAGGAUGAGAUCCUCGAGGGAUACUCUGACGAGGAGUCUGACGACCUUGACGACAUCGAGGAUCACCCCCGUAUCACCCCUGUCGACAGCGACGACGAGGAGGAGAUCAAGCGCGAGGCCAAGAUCCUGAAGGCGGAGGCUGCCAAGAAGGCCAACGGCAAGCGCGCUGCUGAGGACGAGGAUCUCGACGCUCUGAUCGAGAAGGACUCUGAGAAGGAGAAGCCUUCCAAGAAGCAGCUCAAGAAGAUGAAGGCUGCCGAUGGUUCUGCCGCCGCUGCUCCUGCUGCGAAGGAGGACAAGAAGGCCAAGAACGAGGGAAAGGAGAGCCCUAAGGACAAGAAGGUCACCUUCGCCAAGAACCUCGAGCAGGGUCCUACCGGAAAGGGUGCUCCUGCUGCUGCCGCUGCUGCUGCUCCUGCUCCUGCUGCUGCCGCUCCCAAGACCGUCAAGCUCGACAACGGUCUUGUCAUCGAGGACAAGACCAUCGGCGAGGGUGCCGGUGCUAAGAACGGCCAGAAGGUCGGUGUCCGAUACAUUGGCAAGCUGCAGUCGAACGGAAAGGUUUUCGACAGCAACACCAAGGGCAAGCCCUUCACUUUCAACCUCGGAAAGGGUCAGGUUAUCAAGGGUUGGGAUCUCGGUGUCAAGGGUAUGGCCCUCAAGGGUGAGCGUCGUUUGACCAUCCCUGCCGCCCUCGCGUACGGAAAGAAGGGUGCUCCCCCAGACAUCCCGGGAAACGCCACUCUUAUCUUUGAGAUCAAACUCGUCUCUUUGAAAUAAGUGCAUCUCACAACAUCCGAGGCAGCAUAAAGAAAUCAAUACAUUCCGCUAUAGAUUUUCCUUUCCUCUACAAAUACGCAAUGAGGUGUAGAUUACUUCUACACAUUGUCUCUCGAUCUCAUUACGAAAGUUACACCUACAGAUCUUUUCUCUUUAUUCUUGGGACUCGGUUAUUAAAAGCAGUUGAUUUUUCUUUUAUCUUAUCUAUUUUUUUUCCUUUUAUACAGUGAACGGGCAUACGUUUGAUGUGUAUGACUGCGUUUGUGUCUAUUAGUGUAUUUUAUCUAGUGUUUAACGCUUAACUAUCAAUACUAUACUGUUGAAUUGACUCAU